AUGUCUGAGGAGAGCGCGGGGCCGCCGUCCGGGCCGCUGUGCCCCGAGCACCACCAGGCUCUGAGCUGGUUCUGCUGCUCCGAGCGACGGCCGGUGUGCGCCGCCUGCGCGGGGCCCGACGGCCGCUGCCGGGACCACCGCAUCCGCCGGGCGGAGGAGCGCGCGGAAGAGCUGCGGAACAGGAUCGUGGACCAGUGUGAGAGGCUGCAGAUUCUGAGUGCCAGCAUCACCAAGUAUGUCGCCGAGGUCCUGCCAGAGAAGAACCAGAGAGCAGUGAGCACGGCCAGCUCGGCACGGGAACUGGUCAUCCAGAGGCUAGGUGUGGUGAGGAGUUUGUGUGAGAGCGAGGAGCAGCGUUUGCUGGAACAGGUGCAUGAUGAAGAGGAGCGGGCCCACCAGAGCAUCCUGACACAGCGAGUCCACUGGACUGAGGCGCUGCAGAAGCUCGACAGCAUCCGGACCAGCCUGGUGGCCAUGCUCACCCAUCUGGAUGACCUCCAGCUGAUUCAGAAGGAGCAGGAGAUUUUUGAGAGGACCGAGGAAGCAGAGGGCAUCUUGGAUCCCCAGGAGUCAGACAAGUUAAACUUCAAUGAGAAGUGUAUUCGGAGCCCACUCCUUACCCAGCUCUGGGUGACGGCGGUUCUUGGGUCCCUCUCAGGCACGGAGGAUGUGCGUAUCGACGAAAGGACCGUCAGCCCCUUCCUGCAACUGUCAGAUGAUCGAAGGACCCUGACCUUCAACGCCAAGAAGUCCAAGGCCUGUGCAGAUGCCCCCGAGCGCUUUGACCACUGGCCCAAUGCCCUCGCGGCCACGUCCUUCCAGGCUGGGCUGCACACCUGGAUGGUGAACGUCCAGAACAGCUGCGCCUAUAAGGUGGGUGUGGCCCUGGGCCAGCUGCCCCGCAAGGGCUCCGGCAGUGACUCUCGUCUGGGCCACAACACCUUCUCCUGGGUCUUCUCCCGCUACGACCAGGAGUUCCGUUUCUCACACGACGGGCAGCACCAGCCCCUGGGGCUGUUGCGCUGCCCCAGCCAGCUGGGCGUGCUUCUAGACUUGCAGGCGCAGGAACUGCUCUUCUACGAGCCAGCCUCGGGCACGGUGCUCCACGUCCACCGCGCGCCCUUCUCGGGGCCCCUCUUCCCAGUCUUCGCGGUGGCCGACCAGACCAUUUCCAUCGUCCGCUGA